UCUGACACUGAGUGUGUGUGCGUGUGAGGUGCGUGUGCGUGUGCGUGUGUCGCCUGACCGGAUAAUGACAGAAGUUUUCAAUGUGGCUUCAGUACAUCGUCAUUAAGCCUGCCUGUUAUUUUACUGCAUCCUAGACGUGUCAACGUUUAUUAUCACCUCCUUUUACUAGAGGGGAAAAAAUCCUACAUAUUUGACUGACCGCGCAGUUACAUCUGGAACUUUUGAUCAGCGACCCAUCGGCCUUCUUUUUGACAGUGGAGACAAGCACUUGGAGCCCGCUGAGCGGAUCGGGGUGCCACCAUGGGAAACCGGGGGAUGGAAGACCUUAUUCCCCUCAUCAACAAGCUUCAGGACGCUUUCAGCUCCAUCGGCCAGAGUUGCAACUUGGAACUGCCCCAAAUAGCGGUCGUCGGCGGCCAGAGCGCGGGGAAGAGCUCCGUUCUGGAGAAUUUCGUUGGCAGAGAUUUCUUGCCCAGAGGGUCUGGAAUCGUCACCCGUCGUCCACUCAUCCUGCAACUCGUUAACAACAAAGCAGAGUAUGCAGAGUUCCUUCAUUGUAAGGGCCGUAAAUUUGUGGACUUUGACGAAGUCCGUCAGGAGAUUGAAGCAGAAACUGACCGGCUCACCGGAUCCAACAAGGGCAUUUCACCCAUUCCAAUCAACCUUCGAGUCUAUUCCCCCCAUGUGUUAAACCUGACCCUGAUUGACCUGCCGGGAAUGACAAAAGUGGCUGUUGGAGACCAGCCUGUAGACAUUGAACACCAGAUUAGAGACAUGCUGCUUCAGUUCAUCACCAAGGAGAGUUGCCUCAUUCUGGCCGUCACUCCCGCAAAUACUGACCUGGCCAACUCAGAUGCCCUCAAGAUUGCCAAGGAGGUCGAUCCUCAGGGUCUGCGGACUAUUGGCGUGAUUACCAAGCUGGACUUGAUGGAUGAGGGGACUGAUGCUCGAGACAUUCUGGAAAACAAACUGCUUCCUCUUCGCAGGGGUUACAUUGGGGUGGUGAAUCGCAGUCAGAAGGACAUUGAUGGGAAGAAAGACAUCCGUGCUGCUUUGGCUGCUGAGCGCAAGUUCUUUUUGUCCCAUCCUGCAUACCGACAUUUUGCAGAGCGCAUGGGCACGCCACACCUGCAGAAGUCACUGAAUCAGCAACUUACCAACCACAUCCGUGACACUCUGCCAGGGUUGCGCAGCAAGCUGCAAAGCCAGCUGCUCUCCCUUGAGAAAGAGGUUGAGGAAUACAAAAACUUUCGUCCUGAUGAUCCUACACGCAAAACCAAGGCGUUGCUUCAGAUGGUACAGCAGUUUGGUGUGGACUUUGAGAAGUGCAUCGAAGGCUCGGGGGAUCAGGUGGAUACCUCCAACUUAUCUGGAGGAGCAAAGAUCAACCGCAUUUUUCACGAGCGUUUUCCUUUUGAGCUGGUGAAGAUGGAGUUUGAUGAGAAGGAGCUGAGGAAAGAGAUCAGUUACGCAAUCAAAAACAUCCAUGGAGUCAGGACAGGCCUGUUCACCCCAGACUUGGCGUUUGAGGCCAUAGUGAAAAAGCAGGUCAUUAAGCUGAAAGAACCGUGUCUGAAAUGCAUCGACAUGGUCAUCCAGGAGCUCAUCAACACAGUCAGGCAGUGCACUAAUAAGCUUGGAUCCUAUCCUCGCCUUAGAGAAGAGACUGAGCGAAUUGUCACCACUUACAUCAGAGAGAGGGACAGCAAGACUAAAGACCAGGUGCUCCUGUUAAUUGACAUUGAACUCUCCUACAUCAACACUAAUCAUGAGGACUUCAUCGGGUUUGCCAAUGCGCAGCAGAGGACGGCUGCGAAUGCCACCAAGAAAAGAGUCAUGCCGAACCAGGGAGAGAUUCUUGUUAUCCGUCGAGGCUGGUUGACAAUCAACAUUAGCAUCAUGAAGGGAGGCUCCAAGGACUACUGGUUCGUCCUCACUGCAGAGUCCCUUUCCUGGUACAAAGAUGAAGAAGAGAAGGAGAAGAAGUACAUGUUGCCACUUGACAACUUGAAGCUUAGAGAUGUGGAGAAGGGUUUCAUGUCCAGCAAACACGUCUUUGCCAUAUUCAACACUGAGCAGAGAAACGUGUACAAAGACCUGCGGCAGAUCGAGCUGGCGUGUGACACUCAGGAGGACGUUGACAGCUGGAAAGCCUCGUUCCUCAGAGCUGGUGUUUACCCUGAGAAAGACCAGACUGAAAAUGAAGAUGCGAUGAUUCCGAGCGACACCGUGUCUAUGGACCCACAGUUGGAACGGCAGGUGGAGACCAUCCGCAACCUGGUGGACUCGUAUAUCAGCAUUGUCAACAAGUCCAUCAGAGACCUCAUGCCCAAGACCAUUAUGCACCUCAUGAUUAACAAUGCAAAGGACUUCAUCCACUCUGAGCUACUGGCCUACCUGUACUCAGCUGGGGACCAAAGCAGCCUAAUGGAAGAGUCUGCUGAGCAGGCUCAGAGGAGAGAUGAGCUGCUCAGGAUGUACCAUGCUCUGAAGGAAUCUCUGGUCAUUAUUGGUGACAUCAGUACCACCACUGUUUCAACCCCUGUGCCUCCACCAGUAGAUGACACCUGGAUCAAAGAGUCUAGUCCUCCUGCAGGAAUUCGCCCUGCUUCUGCAACCGCGCCCCCUCCAAACCGACCCCCGGCAGUCAGGGGACCCACACCUGGUCCUGCCCCACCGUUGAAUCCCUCACCGGCAUUCGGGGCUCCACCUGUCCCCACUCGACCUGGCCCACCGCCUGCCCAGUCCGGUUUUGAUCCAAACGUUCCGCUGAUUCCCUCCAGACCGGCACGUGUGCCUCCUGCGCUGCCGCCGGGCAUCCCAAGGCGCCCGCUUCCACACACUCGUGGCAAUCAAAGGUGAAGGACAGCUGAAUGCAGCGCAAACUGGCUCGGCAUGCAAGGAUGGAUGUCCACUCGGUUUGUGACACAUCAGGAAUUUGUUUCCCAAAGCAGAGGAUGACCUCUAAAUUAAAUGCAUGAUGUGUUAUUCAAGUUCAGUAAAGUGUCAUUUGCCGCAGGAUACAGUGGAUGUGGAUCUCAAUCCACGUCCUGUGCGGCAAAGUAUGCACAGGUGCACCUCCAAUUAAAUAUUGUAGAAAGGUUCAUAUAAUUCAGUACCGGUAGUUAUUGGGUCAUUUUUAAAACUUAACUCAUAUUUUACAGAUUCAUUUAACACAGAAAAAUAAUUUUCAGAAGACUAAUUCCAAAUUUCUAUUGGAAAAAUAAUCAUACUUUUUUUACGUAAUAGUUUGAGAUGGUAGACUUUGGGUCAGAAAAAUCUGAAAAACCAAUGAAAUAUUUUACUCUAUAUGGUGAAUCGAUAUUUUUUACUUUUUCCAAUCGAACCAACUGAAGUCUUGCGCAAUAUAUUGAUUGUACUGCAUACAUGCAGAAAUAUACAUUUGUCAUUGAAAACUCAUUCAUUCAUUUAUGAAUGCAGAUGGCAUAAAAAUAUUUCUUGACAUAUUGUCAUUGAUUAGUUCAGGUAGUGUGGGUUUGGUUCACACUCAGCGACAAUGUGAAUGUAAGCCUGAAAAAGUGUCUGUUUCUUAAUUUUAAUCUGCACAUGCCCUCUGUCGCUCUAUGAUUUUAAUCUGCACAUGCCCUGUGACUGACUGACACACCCAGUUCAGUGUGUCGUCCGCCUUUUGCCCGAAGACACCUGGGAGAGGCUCCAGCACCCUGUGGCCCUGCACCAUUUGGGGUUGUCAAAACAACUUGAAUCACUUCUCACCUCAUUUGAAAAAGAUGAACGCAUAUCACUGCAAUAUAAAACAAAUGUUUAUUUGUGAGCAGCAAAUUGCUGUAAUCGUGGAUUUUUUUUUGUUGUAAUUUUUGUGGUUUUAUUGUUCAACUCAAUAUUGAAGACGUCUGUCUCAUCAACACAAAAAUUCAACAAACAUUAAAAUCAAUGCAAAGGCUCCCAUGAAAACCUUGCUUUGAGCAUUUACUGUGGCAGAACCACCCACUGGAUGCAAUGGGCAAAAAAAAA